AUGUACAAUGACGCCUACGACGGCAGCUCGGCUGGAAGUGGGAGUGGCAGCAGCCAUGGAAAUGGAAGUGCGAGCCCGAGAGACUCGAAGCGUCUGAGCUAUCUAUCACAGGAGGAAAACCUCUCGACAAACCCCAUAAACCGGACCAUGGCGGCGUCCUCGUCUCCCGGCUCAGCUUCGGCGUCAGGCUCCAGCUCGGGGGCCACCAAGGAUCGAACUCAUCUGCCCAUCCGCACCAGCUCGAUAAACGGUGUCAACGGCCACGGAAGCACGUCACGUCAUACGCUCUCCCCCAACGAUAGUACCGGCCAACUCUCCCCCGGCCGCAGCCAUUCUUCUUCUUCUGAUGGGCCGGUCUCUUUCCCUCUGACGGAUAUAGACUGCCAGUCUGACCCUGCAACCGUCGCCCAGGAGCUCAGUAACCUCGCUGCUCUUCGCCGUAUGUCUAUGGACGUAGGCUCCCUUGACCCGGAUCUACCUUCGUUUGGCGGCCUCGUGUCUUCAAUAGCCCCUUCUCCCUCUGCGGACGAGGACGACGCAUCCCGUCUCUUCUGGGUGCCCGCACAUCUUCACCCGGGCCUCGCUCCCAAGGAGUUCAAGUCUUUUCUAGAUAGCAAAGCGGAUCAGAUUCAGCGGAGGUCUGGAGAACUCUCGCCCACCGAGGGAGCAGCGCUGCUGCAACGCCAGGGUUCAGUAAGCAGCUUGUCGCGCAAGAAAUCACUGCUCUCACGCCAGGUGGACAGUUCCAGCAUUGGAAGGGAGGAUUCUAGAGUGUCGAAAAAGCCGAAUCUUGCAGCCCUGUCCGAAGAACCACGAAACCAGUUUGGGGCUUUUGCUGAUGAGGACGUGCCGAUCCUGCCUCCUGCGCCACCGGGCUCUAGUUUGCGCCGUUCCAGGAGAACAACCUACAGAAAGGGUAGCCUGAAGGCAGGAGAACGGGUACCUCAUUCAAGACGAGCUGCAAGACAGUCGGAUGUAAGCCAGUCGGAGGAUACAGCUGAUGGUUCAAGCAUCAAACGAUCGUCUACACCUACCAAGGAGCCUCCCUUGCCGGGCCUGACCAGGGUAUCCACAGAUCCGGCAGGGUACGAUAGUAACGCAACCAACUACUCACGGCCAGGCCGGUCAAAACCAGGAUCACUGUCCUCAGCUUUGCCUCCCUCUGCCACAGAGACGGCCCCUGAGCACAACCAUACACCCGCCCGUGCCAGUGCAACAUCCCGUACGCAGCAAUGGGCAUCCCAACCCAGCGAACAGCCUCCUGCUUCACCGCAUCAUCACUCACUCUCACAACCACAAUUGCAAACACAGCCCAUUGAACCACCCCGGACAGACUCCCUACGCUCAACAGGCGGUAAUAACAGCAACACAACCACCACCUCAACCACCACCUCAACCACCACCAUCAACACCAGCAACCAACAACAAAACCAACAACAAAACCAGCUAUACAUACCGGAGCGGAAUUCAUCACAUCACCCCCCUCCCUCGCUCCCACCUCAAGCACCACUACCCCCAGAGCCUGCCACAGGUCGGACGUCCAAGAGAGCCGGGCUUAUCAUACCAACCAAAGAAGCUCCUCCCAUCAGCGAUCCGUUGCCCAAGAUUGUUACUCCAGCAUCCUCCCAUGCUCAGGGUGUUGUCCAAGAACGUCGAAAAUCCGACGAAAAAGAAAAGGAUAAAAAGGGCAAGAUUAAGAAGGACCCGGAGGUGAAAAAAUCAGGCUGGCAUUGGCGACGAGGUGCAGCAUCCGAGGAAAAAGAGAGAGAGAAGGAAAAGAAGAAAGAAGAGGAAGCAAAACGCAAGACAUCGAAGUCAUACGGCAAGACGGAUAAACCCCAUGACAACGCCCGUCUUGACCUCCUUCAAACAUCCAUCGACGGACAAGCUCCUGCCAAGUCUAAAGAAAGAGAAAGCCUUGUCCUCGACCGCCCUGACGUUGACGAAGAACUUCGCCCUGCUCGUAAGGAACAACUACGCAAAUCCUCCUCUCCUCCUCCCAAAAAGGAAAAGGAGACGUCUCUAUUCUCAUCUAUCUUUGGUGGUAGCAAGAAAAAAUCCAGCUCACAUGAUUCCCACUCCCGAAAACAUUCGCGCUCUCGCGUUCGUUCACCCUCGCCAGAAAUCAAAUAUUAUAACCUUAAGGCUGAUGUCGACUACAACUGGACCCGCUUUUCGAUCAUGGAGGAACGUGCCAUAUAUCGCAUGGCCCAUCUCAAAUUGGCCAAUCCACGGAGAGCUCUAUAUUCACAGGUUCUUCUGAGCAACUUCAUGUACUCAUACCUCGCCAAAGUGCAGCAGAUGCACCCUCACAUGGCACUACCAACCUCACCCGCCAAACUCAAGGCGAAGAAGAAGGAUACGCAGCAGAGUCAAAAUCAUGGUCAACAAAAGGCGACAGACGAUCCCUCUCAUUACCAAGAUGUAGACACUCCUGCUUCCCUUGCCUGA